AUGUUACCUCUGUCGACGACUAUCAGCUCAGACGAACAAUACCUAGAGCAAGUAUUUAGGGAGUUUGAAGAUUAUAAAUUUACGGAAGAUCCUACAUUCAAUGCUGGUCUACCUACUGUGUUCGAAGCUAUAAAAGGAAAGAAAAUGACUCCUGGAUUAAUCGAUAAAACAAUCGCAGAAGCACAAUGGUUUUACUGGACCAAAAUCAACAAUCUUUCUAUCCCAUUUUCAGUCUACACGGCCCAUGUGGAGCGUCAACGUACAUCUCCAUCUACGUCCAAUCAAGAAGGAAAUCCUUCAGAUCCACUAUCGCGGAUGAGAAACUUGAGUGAAGCUAUGAGGAUGAUGGAGGUUGAGGGUAAAGGUGAAACCAAUCUCACUUUUGAUAAAUUGUGUGAAUUGAUUAGAGAAGGAAGAGCAGAUGAAUUGAAAGGGAAUGAUAUACCUGACGAGUUAAACACUGCAACUCCAUCACAAUCGACUCUAUCCGCUCGACCUAAACCUUGGCAAAGCAACUCUGCUUUCGAUCAAACAUCGCAAGGUAUUGCUGUAGACCCUAUCCAACAAGCGACAGGAUCAUCACCAUUUCAGCCAUGGUCAUCGCCAUUACAAUCCCUACCUGGAGCAUUAUCUUCUACUAGUCCUGAUGAUCUAUUCUCAUACCCUGCCAUUCCUGAUACAUUCCAAGGCAUUAACCCAUCAUCGUCUGAAAACUUGUCAAAUGCGUUCCCGAACGUUCCUACCAUACAACAUCCAUACUCCGCAUAUGGCUCAUUCAUACCCACUCCAAACGAAAAUCUCUCUUCAUUAAUGCAAAACUCUGUGUCUCCUGGAGACGGAGGAUUCGAAUAUAUAAAUUGGUCAGCUGGUGAUGAAUCUUCCCAGCCCACUCCUCGUCCCAGAUCAGUAGUGAACCCUAUAAUCGAGGACAAACAGGAAAUCCAACGACCAUAUAUUCCGUCCGACCAGCCAUAG